GCGAAGAAGAAGAGGAGUUGCAAUCAUAUGACUUGUCGAUCGAUAGAGAAGAGAAAAAAAGGUUGCGAAGUUGCAAAAGUUACGGUUUAUUUAGCCAGCAAACAGCCGAGCCGAACGAUUGCUAAACUCCCUCAUAAGCAACAGCAGCAGCAGCAGUAGCAGAAGGAAGCAAUCAGCGAAAGCGUUUCAACGAUUCUUCGAUUUCCCCAACAUUUUCUCAUUCUCUGUGUGUGUGGUGUUGUUAGUGUGUGUGCGUCACAAUAAUGGAUAGCUCUGGAUUCAUGUUCAACGUUGACAACGGCUACUUGGAGGGCUUGUGCCGCGGCUUCAAGUGCGGCAUCCUCAAGCAGGCCGAUUACCUCAAUCUGGUGCAGUGCGAGACCUUGGAAGAUCUGAAGCUGCAUCUGCAGGGCACCGACUAUGGCAGCUUCUUGGCCAACGAACCCUCGCCGCUCUCCGUCUCCGUGAUCGACGACAAACUGCGCGAGAAGCUCGUCAUUGAGUUCCAGCACAUGCGCAAUCACGCCGUCGAACCGCUGUCCAACUUCCUGGACUUCAUCACCUAUGGCUACAUGAUCGACAACAUCAUUCUGCUCAUCACGGGCACGCUGCAUCAGCGCCCCAUCUCUGAGCUGAUCCCCAAGUGCCAUCCACUGGGCAGCUUUGAGCAGAUGGAGGCCAUCCAUGUGGCAUCCACACCGGCCGAGCUUUACAAUGCUGUCCUUGUCGAUACGCCGUUGGCGCCGUUCUUUGUCGACUGCAUUUCGGAGCAGGAUCUUGAUGAGAUGAACAUCGAGAUCAUUCGUAACACGCUCUACAAGGCAUAUCUCGAGGCGUUCUACAACUUCUGCAAGAACAUGGGCGGCUCCACAGCCGAUGUGAUGUGCGAGAUUCUCGCUUUCGAGGCCGAUCGUCGGGCCAUCAUCAUCACCAUCAACUCCUUUGGAACGGAGCUCUCCAAGGACGAUCGGGCCAAGCUGUAUCCCAACUGCGGCAAGAUGUAUCCCGAUGGCUUGGCCGCGUUGGCGCGCGCCGAUGACUACGAACAGGUGAAAACCGUGGCCGAGUAUUAUGCCGAGUAUGCGGCACUCUUCGAUGGCUCCGGCAACAAUCCCGGUGACAAGACGCUCGAGGAUAAGUUCUUCGAGCACGAGGUGAAGCUCAAUGUGUUUGCGUUCUUGCAACAGUUCCACUUUGGCGUCUUCUAUGCGUACCUCAAGCUGAAGGAGCAGGAGUGCCGCAACAUUGUCUGGAUCGCUGAGUGCGUUGCCCAGAAGCAUCGUGCCAAGAUCGAUAACUAUAUCCCUAUAUUCUAAGCUCCCAAUUGAGUGGGACAACAGACAUCGUGUUCUUGUUGUUGUUUUUUUUAAACGCAAUCAAUUUCUAUUUUGAAUCGUGUCGUUAAUAAUUAAUUAACUAUUUUUUUUUUGUGUCUCUUGUUUCGCCUCUUGUUAUGCAAUUUGUUUAUAUAUUAUAAUAUGAUACUACAACUACAUAUAACACAACUACUGUAAUGUAAUCUGUAUACUGUACGUUUAUCUUUCUUUUUGAGUAUUAUUCCAUAUUACCAUUAACAUUAAUGAUGUUGUUGUCGUCGUCGUUUGUUGUAGAGAAAGAAGCGAAACACACGCAACACGUUCACGUUUGUACAGAGUUGAAAGUGUUUUUUGUUUUCAUUAAUUUUUAAACUGUAACUUUAUCUUUAACUGGGGCUAUAGAUUCCAGAUUCCAAGUCCCAUUCCCACAAAUCGAAUGCGAAUUCGAUUUUACACUUAAUUAAUAACGAAAAUGCAUAUAAAUUGUAAAUUCUUGCAGCUGCGCAUCAAAUAUAAAUAGAAAAAUAUAUAUACAUAUAUCAUAUUAUCAAAAUAAAGCCAAUCCCGUUAA